GGUGUGUUUGUUUAAAAAAAACUGUCCAAAUGUGAUGUAUAUGGAAUCUGGGUCAGCUGUAGCUGGUUAGUGCACUUCUGCAUGGGAGAGUACAACACCGCAGCUUCAAAAAAAAAAACAACAAAAAAAAACACAUUGCUUUUUUUCCCUCCCUCCGGAAUAAAACAUACUGGAACUUUUUCUUCAAUUAUAUUUAAAUGAUUUAAGUAGUUUGCUUAUCGCAUGGAGAAACCCAACUCCCCAGCGCAGCCUGGAGCUAACAGAGAAAGACAAAAGCAGUUUUCAACGACAACUGCAGCUUAACAAUCUGCAACAUUAGAAAACACAGAAAGAAAAGGCAACUUGGCCUCCGGAUCGUCCACCUACGACAGAAGCAAACCAGCUGCAACAUUCUUUUCUCUUGUCUCUUCUAAGUCAUCACACUUCCUCCAAAAUGAAGAUACUAAAAUGGACUUUGGGUAUGCUGUUGUUCCUACUGCUGUCUAUCGGGCGCUGUACAGAACCAUCAACCCUCAAUAAAACAUCCCAACGGAGGCAUCCUCGUUCCACAGAUGGUGGAGAGGAAGGGAAGAAAUGUGGUUACACCUUCUUGGUCCCAGAACAAAAAAUCACAGGGCCAAUCUGUGUGAAUAACGAACCAGGUACUGGUAACAGAAAAGAUGAAGUCACAAGAAUGGACAUAGAGAACUUGAAGGAUGUGCUGUCCAAGCAAAAACGCGAGAUUGACAUCUUGCAGUUGGUGGUAGACGUGGAUGGAAACAUUGUGAACGAAGUAAAGUUGCUGAGGAAAGAAAGCCGCAACAUGAACUCUAGAGUCACUCAACUCUACAUGCAACUCUUGCAUGAGAUAAUCCGAAAGCGCGAUAACUCACUUGAACUUUCCCAAUUGGAAAAUAAAGUCCUCAAUGUAACAACAGAAAUGCUGAAGAUGGCAACAAAAUACAAGGAGCUUGAAGUAAAAUAUGCAGCACUGACUGACCUUGUAAAUAACCAGUCUGUGAUCAUCUCCCUGUUGGAAGAGCAGUGCUUGAGAAUCUUCUCACGACAGGACACCCAUGGGUCCCCACCGCUCGUCCAAGUAGUGCCGCAGCACAUUCCCAACAGUCAGCCAUACACUCCUGUUCUCCUGGGAGGCAACGAGAUACAGAGAGACCCAGGGUACCCCAGAGACAGGGAUGUAAGGCCACCACCUGAUCCGGCUACUUCUCCUACAAAGAGUCCCUUCAGAGUACCGCCGUUGGCUUUAAUUAACGAAGGUCCGUUCAAAGACUGCCAACAUGCCAAAGAUGCUGGGUAUUCCAACAGUGGCAUUUAUAUGAUCAAACCCGAAAACAGCAACGAACCAAUGCAGUUAUGGUGUGAGAACAGCUUAGAUCCCGGAGGAUGGGCAGUUAUUCAGAAGAGAACAGAUGGAUCUGUCAACUUUUUCAGGAACUGGGACAGUUACAAGAAAGGAUUUGGAAACAUUGAUGGAGAGUACUGGCUGGGACUAGAAAAUAUUUACAUGCUUACCAAUCAGGAUAAUUACAGACUACUGAUUGAAUUAGAGGACUGGAGCAACAAGAAGGUCUAUGCAGAAUACAGCAGCUUCCGUCUGGAGCCCGAAAAUGAAUUCUACAGGCUACGCUUAGGAACAUACCAAGGAAACGCAGGCGAUUCCAUGAUAUGGCACAACGGAAAGCAAUUCACAACACUGGACAGAGACAGAGAUAUGUAUUCAGGAAACUGUGCUCAUUUCCACAAGGGAGGCUGGUGGUACAACGCAUGUGCACACUCCAAUCUCAACGGGGUGUGGUACAGAGGAGGCCACUACAGGAGCAAAUACCAGGAUGGAAUAUUUUGGGCUGAGUACCGGGGAGGUUCCUACUCCUUGAAAGCAGUUCAAAUGAUGAUCAGACCUAUAGACUGAGGAGGAAAAUCCCACAGUGCUCAAGCCAUCAAGUAUAAACUUAUCGGUGCUUGGGUUACAGAAAAAUAAAAUAUUACUUCCAAAUCAUUAUUUUGCACAAUCUGUCCCUGCAAAAUGCAGGCCUACUAUUUUCCUUUCUCCCCAGUUGCCCCUUGCCUUCUUUUUUUUUUUUUUUUUUUAAUUAAAGAAACCUUUUCUACUGUAAUAGACAGUGUUUUUCAAACAUGUAUUCAACACAAACAGAUGUUCACAUUUGUGAUGCGUAUUUAUCUAUGUUCAAGCCCAACAUGCUUCAUGUAAACAACCUUUAAGGUUGGUAAGAAAGACGUCCAGAUAAAUGAAAAGAUACAAGCUUAUCACUUAAAAUGCUUGUGCUUCUUCAGACCAGUUCAACCCUUAAAUGUAAAUAUGUGAAAUGACAUUGUCUUGCUUUAAUGUGAAAAUUAACCAGUUAUUUAACAAUUUAUUUAAAAAUGUUGCUAUAACUCAAUGAAAAUCUGACUUCACAUUACUGUUUAAGACUUACGCCCAGAAGCUACCUAAAAAACUGAAGACAUGCUAGCUUUCCAACAGAGGGAGAUUUUGCUACAAAUAAUUAUUUCAAAAUGAAGUGGUGAAUUAAACAUACAUUUCUUAAUGGUGUAGGAAUUCCCUAAGAUCUGCAGGUCAUAACUUCUGCUCAACACUUACACAAAGAGAGAAAAAGAACAGCUCUUUGAAGUGGAUGAUAAAAACUCAAGACAACCAAAUCAUUCACCCUACUUAAAAACAUCUUUUGAUACUUCAAACUUAGAUGGCAAAAUGGAAAAGUUCCGAUAAUAAAAUCAGGACUUUACAUGUGGAGAUUCUCUCCUGCUUCCAUUAGGACUGAUGAGGUCUGAACAGAUACUCACAAGUGUUAGUUUAGAGAAGAACCAAGUCUCACAAGAGUAAUACAAGUUUUCUACCUGUCAGCCUCUAUCAUACCAACAUAGCUUCCUGCUGACAUAGAUUAGGAAUCAGCUCUGAGAACCCAAAACUAGUGGACUGCUCUUAUGACACAAAUAUUUCCCCUCCCCUAUGUGUAUACUACUCUAAUUCUAUCUAUAUUAAAUGUUUUUGCCUUCUGGAUAUCUGACUUCCACUGGGAUUAAUAUGUAAUUUAAGAAGUUCAUUAGAAAAUACUUCCCCAACCUUCAACAAAUGCAAUACAAGAUAAUGCACCAAAACAACAUACUUCCCAAGCAUGACAUAACCAAAUGCUCAUUUAAGCUAUCAGAGUCUGAAAUGCAACCAAAACAUUUCUUUGGCACUUCAUAUGUUUUAAAAGAACUUUGCCCCACUUAGCCUAAGAAGCAGUAACAGCUAAAACAAGAAUUUAACAUUAUUGUUGUACCCAAAUUAAUCAACACCAACAGCUCUACAAAACAUUGUAAUUUAGAGGAGAGAAAAGAGCAUUUUGGUUUCAAAGCACAUUCCCUCUAUAUUUUAAUAGGUCAUAUAUGGCUUCAAGGGUUGUAGUUCAUCUUUUUGGACAGGGAUCGAAGUCAGUGAGUUUCAACAAUAUUUAGCUGAGGGUGGGGGAAAGAGGAAAACAACGAAUCAGUUCCAGCAUAUUUCAUUCCUGACUUUCAAGAAUAUUAACAGAUGUUAUUUAAGAUUGCAGUUCUGAAAUUGGACUUCAUGUAAGGAGUAUUUGUUUGUUACAGACGUUGUACAAACCUCAUUGAUUGAGUGUUCUACAAAAUGCUUUUUCAAUUGCAGAUGCUUAAAAUUCAAGCCACCUAUAGUCUACUCUUUUUUCUGUGGUAGCUAGUUAGAAAAGCAGUUCAGUUAAGUCUUAAAACUGAAAAUGACCUGGGAAAUGGUCUUUAAUGAACACUUCUGUCAGCUUUAGUUACUUCAACGUACAGAUUUCAUCUGCUUGGAAGAGAUCUUGUUUUACCACAAGAAUCUACUGCCCGCUACAAAAACAGCAUGUGUUUAUUCAGCACAGUCAGUGAAAGGUGUGUUCUGCAGAAAUCCCUUGGUGAAAUCAGUUUGCAGUCAGCCUUUAAAUUAAAUCUUAUUAGACACCUAAGACAGCCUCCCUUAAUUUAAAACUACAGAAUGAAGUCAACUAAACAUUACUACAAAUUUACCUCAAAGCUUCUGACUGCACAAAUGCCAUAAGAGGAAAGAACUCCUCUCACGUUGCCAGGUUAUGAUUACAAGGAGAGUGAAUGUAACACCUCUUUAUCAAGUUGAUUUACAUCUCACAACAAACUUCUACUUACAAAUGCUUACAAUACUAUCAGUAAUUCUGGGGCUAAAUGUUCUAAGCAGUGUAAAUGAUUAUGUUUUUGUGCUGUCUCUCACUUUUCUGCAGCAGUUUCCCAAAGAGGUUGUAGCAGCAUCCCUCAAGCUUAUUGCACUAGACAUUGAGAAGCACUGUCCCAGAAGGACAGAGCUUUCACCAUUCCUGUAGGGCCACUUCAAAUAUAACCAAACAGACCUUGAAAAUGUUUAAACUGUUAAAGGCUGAAACAGUUUGCAAAAAUGUUUCCAAAGUGUCUUUGCAAGCAACACCACUGAAGUAGCUGAAUGGUCAGCAGAUGAACACUUCAAUAAUCUGUUUUCCCAUUUCUGGAUAUAGAUCCUAAAAGACAGCUAUAAGGAAGCAUUUCACACAGUAGUACUGCUUAGUUAAAUAAAAACCUCACUUCUCA